AUGUCUGGAGCUCUCGAAGGAAUCUACCCUCCAGGCGUGGUCAACCCGGGCCUCCCUCGCGCCAACCCAACAAAACCCUACUGGCACAUCACCCCCCACGCCUACGCCAACCACAACUCGCCAUGGCCCCAAGAACCAGUCGACAUCGCCAUCAUCGGCACCGGCAUAUCCGGCAUGGCCCUCGCCCGGACCCUCUGCGCCAAGCGACCAGACCUGAAGAUCGUCGUCCUCGAAGCCCGAAGUCUCUGCUCCGGCGCCACGGGCCGGAACGGGGGUCACAUCAAGACGAUGCUCUUCUCGAUGUGGAACGAGCGGAAGCAUCAGUUCGGCAUCGAGGAGGCUAUCAAGAUUUCCGAGUUUGAGCAGAGUCACCUCGAGGCCAUCGCCGCGGCGACGGUAGAGGAUGGCGCUGAUUGCGAUCUGGUCCGGACAACUGGUGUCGAGGCGUACUACGACCAAGCUGUUUUCGAGCAAGAUCUGAAGGCUCUCGAGGAUAUCCGCGUCCACGCUCCGCAUCUAGCUGCUUUACAUACCGUUCACACCGACAGAGACGUACUACAGCACCAGAUGAAGUUAUCAAAGCGCUGCGUCGGAGCCAUCACCAUCCCCGCGGGCUCCGUAUGGCCUUACAAAUGGAUCUCCAAGGUCUGGGAGAACCUCAUCGACGGAAACCGCAUCAACAUGCAGACCAACACCGCCGUCGAGGCCAUCGAGGACCGCGACGGAGCGGAGUUCGCCACGGUCAAGACGAAGCGCGGCAUCGUCAAGGCAAGAAAGGUCGUCCACGCCACCAACGCCUGGAUGGGCUACCUCCUCCCGGAGAUGCAGCCCUUCGUGUCCCCGGUCCGAGUGAACGUGAUCCAUUGGGCGGCCGACGACAAGGGCCAGUCUCUCCUCGGUACGGUCCCCGAAUACUCCAUCUGGUAUCGCUACGGGCGCAAAGAUUACGACUACCUGAUCCAGCGAGAGGACGGCGGGAUCGUCACGGGACGCGCCUGUACGGGACGUACCGUAACCGGCGACGACACUGUGACGGACCUAGCACCACAUGCGCACCUUCGCGGCUUCCCGUUCGAGGCGAUUGCGAACCCGAAGGCGGACGCUGCCACGAGUAUCGACUGUGCUUGGUCAGGCAUCGUCAGUUUCACGCAGGAUGGUCUCCCCUUCAUUGGGGAUCUUCCUUUCGAGGGUCGCAGUCAUCAGUUUGUAUGCGGCGCGUAUCAUGCUACUGGUAUGGUUAAGGCGUUUCGGUCUAGCCAGGCUGCUGCGUCGCUGCUUUUGGGAGAGGAGCUUCCGAAAGACUUCCCGAUGUCGUUGCUGUUGACUGAGGAGCGGGUUCGAGAGCUUCGGAAUUCUCUGGAUCGUGGCAAUUAUCCCUGCUACUGGGCAGUUGCAAAGAUGUAA